CUCACCAAGGAGAAAGAACAUGGAAAGCUCAACCCUCGGCCAGGAAAGGUGAGUGUCUGUCUGACUGUGAAACAACUACAGGAAUCACUCACCUCUGUCCCUCACCUCUGUCCCUCACCUAUCGUCUUUGUCCUACAGUAUACAAUAUGUCCUACAGUAAAGAUCCCAUUGCAACCUUUUUUUAGAUGUAAUGAGAGAUGACUGCUCACCAAGUUAGCCUUAUCAAAAAUGGUUUAUUUUGCCAGCCGAAUUGAACUAUGGAGGUCUCCACAUAACAUCCUUGAACAGAUUUUUUUCAACCCAUGGAGGAUUAAUGAUGAUAAUUCAAAAUGAAUUAAUGGCUUCACACUUCAAAGUUGCCAAAGGCGAGUAAUUAAGGAUGAGGAGAGCAUUGUAAAGCUGAGGAAAUGAGAUUAGUAUGAUCCUAUUCAGAUUCACUCAGCCAAACAUCACUCUCUAUCUAGGCUGUUGAACAUUUGGAACUGUGUGGAAUUGGAAAUAUGUCACGCCUUCAAAAAAAAAAAGACAAUUUCUGUUUUUUCCAAUGCACACUCAGUGGUUUGGAGAUGCCAAGUUCAUUCACUAUAGUCCUAACAUACUACAGAGCAGGGGUUCACAACCUAAGGGUUGCAACCCCAGCAUGGGGCCGCCAAAGCUUCCAGAGCUUAAUUUGAGAAAAUAAAUAAAUAAUUGUGGCGUACUUGAUGGGCAUGUUUUCAUUUCAUUGUUGGUAACAGUUUCAGUCUCUUAUUAUUAGUCAUUCACAAUUAUUUCCGCUUUGGCAAAAGUUACGUCCAUGCCUUGCCAAUGCCUUUGUUCUCCUCUCAACAAUCCCAUUCUUAAACAAUUAAUGUGGUAUUUCAACACUGAGUAACACUAGCUACAGUGGGGAGAACAAGUAUUUGAUACACUGCCGAUGUUGCAGGUUUUCCUACUUACAAAGCAUGUAGAGGUCUGUCAUUUUUAUCAUAGGUACACUUCAACUGUGAGAGACGGAAUCUAAAACAAAAAUCCAGAAAAUCACAUUGUAUGAUUUUUAAGUAAUUAAUUUGCUUUUUAUUGCAUGACAUAAGUAUUUGAUACAUCAGAAAAUCAGAACUUAAUAUUUGGUACAGAAACCUUUGUUUGCAAUUACAGAGAUCAUACGUUUCCUGUAGGUCUUGACCAGGUUUUCACACACUGCAGCAGGGAUUUUGGCCCACUCCUCCAUACAGACCUUCUCCAGAUCCUUCAGGUUUUGGAGCUGUCGCUGGGCAAUACGGACUUUCAGCAAAAAUCCAGAAAAUCACAUUGUAUGAUUUUUAAGUAAUUAAUUUGCAUUUUAUUGCAUGACAUAAGUAUUUGAUCACCUACCAACCAGUAAGAAUUCCGGCUCUCACAGACCUGUUAGUUUUUCUUUAAGAAGCCCUCCUGUUCUCCACUCAUUACCUGUAUUAACUGCACCUGUUUGAACUCGUUACCUGUAUAAAAGACACUUGUCCACACACUCAAUCAAACAGACUCCAACCUCUCCACAAUGGCCAAGACCAGAGAGCUGUGUAAGGACAUCAGGGAUAAAAUUGUAGACCUGCACAAGGCUGUGAUGGGCUACAGGACAAUAGGCAAGCAGCUUGGUGAGAAGGCAACAACUGUUGGCGCAAUUAUUAGAAAAUGGAAGAAGUUCAAGAUGACGGUCAAUCACCCUUGGUCUGGGGCUCCAUGCAAGAUCUCACCUCGUGGGGCAUCAAUGAUCAUGAGGAAGGUGAGGGAUCAGCCCAGAACUACAUGGCAGGACCUGGUCAAUGACCUGAAGAGAGCUGGGACCACAGUCUGAAAGAAAACCAUUAGUAACACACUACGGCGUCAUGGAUUAAAAUCCUGCAGCACAUGCAAGGUCCCCCUGCUCAAGCCAGCGCAUGUCCAGGCCCGUCUGAAGUUUGCCAAUGACCAUCUGGAUGAUCCAGAGGAGGAAUGGGAGAAGGUCAUGUGGUCUGAUGAGACAAAAAUAGAGCUUUUUGGUCUAAACUCCACUCGCCGUGUUUGGAGGAAGAAGAAGGAUGAGUACAACCCCAAGAACACCAUCCCAACCGUGAAGCAUGGAGGUGGAAACAUCAUUCUUUGGGGAUGCUUUUCUGCAAAGGGGACAGGACGACUGCACCGUAUUGAGGGGAGGAUGGAUGGGGCCAUGUAUCGCCAGAUCUUGGCCAACAACCUCCUUCCCUCAGUAAGAGCAUUGAAGAUGGGUCAUGGCUGGGUCUUCCAGCAUGACAACGACCCGAAACACACAGCCAGAGCAACUAAGGAGUGGCUCCGUUAGAAGCAUCUCAAGGUCCUGGAGUGGCCUAGCCAGUCUCCAGACCUGAACCCAAUAGAAAAUCUUUGGAGGGAGCUGAAAGUCGGUAUUGCCCAGUGACAGCCCCGAAACCUGAAGGAUCUGGAGAAGGUCUGUAUGGAGGAGUGGGCCAAAAUCCCUGCUGCAGUGUGUGCAAACCUGGUCAAGACCUACAGGAAACGUAUGAUCUCUGUAAUUGCAAACAAAGGUUUCUGUGCCAAAUAUUAAGUUCUGCUUUUCUGAUGUAUCAAAUACUUAUGUCAUGCAAUAAAAUGCAAAAUAAUUACUUAAAAAUCAUACAAUGUGAUUUUCUGGAUUCUGUCUCUCACAGUUGAAGUGUACCUAUGAUAAAAAUUACAGACCUCUACGUGCUUUGUAAGUAGGAAAACCUGCAAAAUCGGCAGUGUAUCAAAUACCGUAUUUUCCACACUAUAAGGCGCACUUAAAAGCCUUUAAUUUUCUCAAAAAACGACUUAUAAUCCGGAGCACCUUAUAUAUGGAUCAAUUGCUUAAUUGGUUGAUCCAUACUGGUUGUACACGGCACUCAAGGCGCUCUGUCAAAAUGUUUCAGUAUGAAAAACCAAUAAAAACUAUGUAAUAAUAAUGAAAUGUUUCAGUACGACUGGUAAACUACAAAGCCUCACCGCUUGCAGCAUUACGGCUACCGUAGUCAGUAAACACCGGUACUGUGCUUACUCACAGUCCCACACCACUUGUGUGUGUAUAAAGACCCCAAAAUGGCACCUUUCAAGAGACACGCUUACGACGCAGAGUUCAAGCUCAAGGCUGUCGUUCACGCAGUAGAAUAUGGGAAUAGAGCAGCAGCGAGAGAAUUCAACAUUAAUGAAUCAAUGGUACGGAAGUGGAGGAAGCAAGAAGAUGACCUGCGCCAAGUAAAGAAGACUAAACAGAGUUUCCGAGGGAACAAAGCGAGAUGGCCACAGUUAGAGGACAAACUCGAACAGUGGGUUGUUGAACAGAGAGCAGCAAGUAGAAGCGUCUCUACAGUCACUAUACGAAUGAAGGCAACAGCGCUAGCACGGGACAUGAUCAUCGAUGAAUUUCGAGGCGGUCCUUCUUGGUGCUUUCGUUUUAUGAAAAUACGUAAUCCCUCCAUCCGCACACGAACUACCGUCUCGCAGCAACUGCCAAAAGAUUACCAAGAAAAGCUGGUCACUUUCCGCGCAUACUGCAAAAAGAAGAUCACUGAAAAGAAGAUCCGGCCAGAGCACAUCACCAACAUGGACGAGUUUCCACUCACCUUUGAUAUUCCCGUGAACCGCACUGUGGAGAAAACGGGGACCAGUACGGUGUCUGUACGCACCACAGGGAAUGAUAAGUCAUCCUUCACUGUAGUUCUCGCCUGCCAGGCUAAUGGCCAGAAACUUCCACCCAUGGUUAUUUUCAAGAGGAAGACCUUGCCAAAAGAAAACUUUGUGGACGGGGAAUAACAUGGACGAGGUUCCACUCACCUUUGAUAUUCCCGUGAACCGCACUGUGGAGAAAACAGGGACCAGUACGGUGUCUGUACGCACCACAGGGAAUGAUAAGUCAUCCUUCACUGUAGUUCUCGCCUGCCAGGCUAAUGGCCAGAAACUUCCACCCAUGGUUAUUUUCAAGAGGAAGACCUUGCCAAAAGAAAACUUCGUGGACGGGGAAUGAACUGAAAAAGUGAGCUUUACGUGUUAUACGUAACUGAACAAUGUUGAGUUAUGCACUAACGUUUGAUUUAGUGGUAUCAGACUGUUUCUUUUACUACGUGUUUACUGAAUCAGGGAAAUGUUCCCCUCCACGUUUGGGAGAAGAGUGAGCAAGGUUGGGAGAUAUUGUUAAUAUGCACAUUAACGUUUGAACAACGUUAGCAUGGGAGUGAACGGAGUUGUCAGAACGCUUAAUAAAGUUUGACUUUAUCUGACUGUUUUGUUGACAUUCCCUUUAGCACAGCUCCAUCUAGUGGAUGCAUAACGCAACCCCAGUCAAACGUUUGACUGCAGUAUCUUCUAUUCUAUGCGCCUUAUAAUCCGGUGCGCCCUAUAUAUGAAAACAGUUCUAAAAUAGGCCAUUCAUUGAAGGUGCGCCUUAUAAUCCGGUGCGCCUUAUAGUGCGGAAAAUACGGUACUUGUUCUCCCCGCCAUCAAGAUGGAGAUUAUGAAACUAGCUAAAUGUCAAGCUUGCUCCUGCAUACAACCAAAUUGCUCCUCUCUCAACUGUACCAUUCUAUCUCAGCUCUGGCAUGGCUUACUUGGUAUUUAGGGCUGACAGUUUCUGAUUACAGAGUCUACCUGUGAUACACAAUAGCAUACCUUACCUGAACUUUCAUGUGGUUAACAACACAAAGCACUGUCUAAGUUGCAUCUUUCUUUUUGCUGUUUGCUGCCUCGACUGGUGUUGAAAAGAGAUGGAUAGAGUUAGCCUGAUCAUUAGAUCUAUUUGUUCCUUUUAAUGCACGGAAAGUAGUGGAGGGGGGGGGGGGGGGGGGUUAACAAAUGUGAGUGAAGGCGCAACCAAAAAAUUACAAUAUUGAAAAGGUGCAAUGCUCGCUCACCAUUAAAAACAUGUUAUUUUAUUUGAGCAACUAUUACAAGCUUGACGUUUGAACCUUCAUUCCCUUUUAUAAUGGCCUUCAUCAGAACCUUUUAAUGUACGUCAGAGAUAUUAGCUAAAGGACACACAGAUCUAGCGUCCAUACUUGGAUAGAGGAUUGGGCAUGGUAUAUGUACAGUAUUAGUGUGCUGUUUAAUUUGAGCAUCUCUAAUGAAAUGGUGCUGUCUUUUCCAGAUGUUCAUCUUUAAUCGGCCAGGGAUGUGUGGCCAGCGGAUUGAGGUGCAGAGUGAUGUCAUUGAUGCCACACCCUGGCAACUACAGGAGACAAUCUCUAUCAGGGUUGUCAGAGGAGGGUAAGUGUUCACACACACAAAGUGCAAACGUGCCAGCCAACUCUCUGAACUAAAGCCUGAACACCAUGACCCUGGUGCACCACAGACGCUAAUCCAUCAAAUUAUGAUGAAGAUAAUUGCAGCAUGAGCUCAACCAAGUACCUAGUACACACUAUAAUCCUUUAAUUAUUUCUGAGAGGGAAUGUAUUAUUAAUACUAGGAAGUAGAGCAAAGGCAUGCAGUCCAACACCUGCACUGGGUGCGUGCACUGCAGAGGGAAUGUUCUGAAGUCUCUCACAACCAUCCCUUUCUCUUUGCUGCACUGAAUUUUUUAGGAGAUCUCUGGAUAGGGAUAUUUGCAUAUCUGUCUACCUGUCUCUCCUUCUUGCUAUAGUUUGCCUACUCUAAAUAUAUACAUAUAAACAGUCUCUCACAACCUAUUACUGUACACUCUUAGAAUAAGGUGCCAUCCAGAACCUAAAAUGAUUAUUUGACUUUAGCCCAUAGGAGAACCCUUUGAAGAACAGUUUUUUGUUCCAGGUAGAACCAUUUUGUCUUCCAUGUAGAAUCCUUUCCACAGAGGUUUCUACAUGGGACUAAUUUUUUCUAACAGUGUAGGGUAGCAUGGGGUCCAAAAUGGGUCUGAACAUGCUGACUCACCCAUCCCUGGGGCUCCAGAACACUAAACAGUGAUGUGGUGCCACCCCCUUCAACUGCCAAGCCUCACUGAGACACAUCAGUGAAUAAUCAGUAGGCUGCUUUCAUUACCAUCACACAUCAUCUGAAGGGUGACAUCUGUCACUUGUUCGUUCGUUCUCUCUCUCUCUCUCUCUCUCUCUCUCUCUCUCUCUCUCUCUCUCUCUCUCUGUCUCUGUCUCUGUCUCUGUCUCUGUCUCUCUGUCUCUCUGUCUCUGUGUUUGUGUGUUUGUUUUUGUGUGUGUGAAUGUUGACUUUCCCAAACUCUGUGUAGAAUAUGCAGCUAAUGAGCCAUGGGCUGGAUUGGCAUGACAUGAUUAUUAUUUAUGGUGAUAAUUAUUAUUUAUGUCACUUGUUUGUGUGUGUGAACUUGUGGUUUUCAGAACUCUCAGUGCAGUACAGAACAUGUGGCACAGGGUGGUUUGGAUUUACAUCACUAAUAAAAAUGUUUGACUGAAAGAAGUCCAGAACUGUUAUUUAUCACUUAUUCUGUCUGAACCCUCACUCUCCGUGGGAUAUGGUUAUGAAAGAAUCAGACAAUUUUAGUUCCACGGAUAAAUUAUUAGACUGUAUUAGUGAUUUAAAUACUUGGAUGACUCACAACUUCCCCAGCUAAAUCAAGACAAGGUGCUUAUUGUUGGAGCCAAAGCACAGAGAGAGAAUCUGGCCGCACAUUUUAAUUCACGGGCAAUAAAGAUAAAACACCAGGUAAAAAACCUAGGUGUUAUUUUAGAUUCUGAACUCAGUUUCGAUUCACACAUUAGGAAUGUGACCAAAAUAGCUUUUUACCACCUGAGGAACAUUGCCAAGGUGCGGCUGUUUCUCUCUCAGGCUGAUACAGAGAGACUCAUCCAUGCUUUUAUUACAAGCAGGCUUGACUACUGUAAUGCUCUCCUGUCUGGUCUACCCAAGAAAGCCAUUGGUCAACUGCAAAACAUACAGAAUGCUGCAGCACGGGUACUGACCAAGACCAGACGUUACACCGGUUUUAAGGUCUCUGCACUGGCUGCCUGUGAGUUUUAGAAUUAAUUUUCAGAUUCUUCGAUUGGUUUUUAAAUCAAUCCACGAUUGUGCACCCCAAUACAUGUCAGACAUGCUUUUAAGUUAUGUACCCAGUAGGUCCCUCAGGUCCUCUGGCACUAUCCCAAGGCCUAGGACCAAGAGGCAGGGAGAGGCAGCCUUUAGUUAUUAUGCCCUGUGGAACUGUGGGAUUUUUAAAAGAGAUCUUAAAACACACCUUUUAGCUUUGCUUCUCCUUAGGGUGCUUUUUAGUCUUAUGUUUGUUGUGUAGUAAAUAUUUACGUCUUUUUUUCAAUGUUUCUAUUUAUUUUAUCCUGUAAAGCACAUUGUGUUGCAUUCCAUGUCUGAAAUGUGCUGUAUAAAUAAAGCUUGAUUUGAUGAAUAAACAUCUUGUGAACACUUUCAUAACUGGAUAGAUAUUUCUACUUUCACCCUUUCAUAUCUUGAAUAGGGACACCAGUGCCAUCCUCAGUGUGCUAGUGUAGAGCUCUACUAGUGUGUCCAUCAUUAGAGCAGUGGUCAAUCUAUUCACCAGCUGUGCCUGUUUAACUCACUUUUAAAAUAGGUCAUGCAUUGUUAAAUUAAUCUUGUUCAGACCAUUGACCCUUGCUGUUCAUUAUCUGGACUUGUUAUUAACCCCCCGUCUUUCCAUUCCUCUCUUCAGCUGGGUCUUGUACGAGAAGCCCAACUUCAAAGGGGAGAAGAUAGCUCUGGACGAGGGGGACAUAGAGCUCACCUAUCCCUUCGACCCCCCUGAGGAGGAGGAACAACAAUCACAGCGGAAUGAAGAGAACGGGACAGAAUGGACAGAAGGUGGGAGGAGAAGAAGUGGUGGCGGCCAAGCCGGACAGGAGGUUCAUCAUAGGAUCAGUACGAAGAGCAGUCAGGGUAAGAAGAAGUCACAGAUGACCCUUAUGAAGACCUCGAGUGGCGCAGCGGUCUAAGGCACUGCAUCUCAGUGCUUGAGGCGUCACUACAGACCCCCUGGUUCGAUUCCAGGCUGUAUCACAACCGGCCGUGUUUGGGAGUCCCAUAGGGCGGCGCACAAUUGGCCCAGCUUCAUCCAGGUUUGGCCGGUGUAGGCCGUCAUUGUAAAUAAGAAUUUGUUCUUAACUAACUUGCCUAAUUAAAUAAAGGUUAUAAAAAUAAAAAUAAAUGAUUAGCCAUAGAGCAUUGUUUCUCAAAGUGUGGGAUGCAACCAGGCAUUUUUUAGUAACUACUAAAGCCUAGGUUGUGGUUAGAAACAUGGCUUUGUGUAUUUGGUGGAUCAGAAAAAUUCCAAAGGCUUUAGGUGGAUACCACUAGGCAAAAGUUUGGCAAGAGUUAUGUCAAUCUGAUUAGGUGUGGUUCAAUUGAAGUGCUCAUUUGUUGAAGUGCCUUUUUUUCUCUUUUUUUUUUCAGGGGUUAGAUCUGCUUUAAAAUUGCAGAUAGAUUGUAACUUCUAUCAAUGUAAUUGUCUGCAUCACUUCCAAUCCCACAUAUAUAUAUUUUUGCAAAUAUAUAUACAGUACCAGUCAAAGGUUUGGACACACCUACUCAUUCAAGGGUUUUUCUUUAUUUUUACUAUUUUCUACAUUGUAGAAUAAUAGUGAAGACAUCAAAACUAUGAAAUAACAGAUAUGGAAUCAUGUAGUAAACAAAAAAGUGUCCAAAUAUAUUUUAUACGGUUGAAGUCGGAAGUUUACAUACACCUUAGCCAAAUACAUUAAACUCAGGUUUUCACAAUUACUGACAUUUAAUCCUAGUAAAAAUUCCCUGUCUUAGGUCAGUUAGGAUCACCACCACAUUUUCUAUAGGAUUGAGGUCAGGGCUUUUUGAUGGCCACUCCAAUACCUUGACUUUGUUGUCCUUAAGCCAUUUUGUCACAACUUUGGAAGUAUGGUUGGGGUCAUUGUCCAUUUGGAAGACCCAUUUGCGACCAAGCUUUAACUUCCUGACUGAUGUCUUGAGAUGUUGCUUCAAUAUAUCCACAUAAUUUUCCUUCCUCAUGAUGCCAUCUAUUUUGUGAAGUGCACCAGUACCUCCUGCAGCAAAGCACUUUAUUCAGGGACACAUUAUUCCAUUGUUGUUAGUCACAUGUCUGUGGAACUUGUUCAGUUUAUGUCUCAGUUGUUGAAUCUUGUUAUGUUCAUACAAAUAUUUACACAUGUUAAGUUUGCUGAAAAUAAAUGCAGUUGAGUUUAUAUACGUAUUAUGGCACUCUUAAGGAUUUCUGCCGUCCUCUCUGUUAGAGCCUGUGUCACAAUUGCGCUGCUCUGUGAGACUAUAGCACCCUCUAGUGUCAAAGUACCAUACUUGUCAUUUCUCUCUGCCGCAACAGGACUACAGUGUGCCAGAGAUCAGUCUGUUCCCAGAGGAGAAUGCAGAGGGGAAGAAGGUGAUCUUCAGAGACACGUCAGAUGACGCCAGGAUAUUCGGCUUCCCCAUCAAAGCCAACUCCAUCAUCAUCAACGCUGGACUGUGAGUAAAUGUAGUCAGCUCUGCCAACUGCUUUUUAGUAGGCCACGUGGGGCAUAAGGUUACAUUUUAUGAAAGUAAGAUGAUAAAAUGUAGUAUUUGUUCAAAUAAAGCGUCAAAUUUAACCCCUGUAAGUCUAAGCGGUUGGGGGGGGGGGGGGGGGGGACAUAUGGAAUUGUUUUAAGAUGGUCAUACUAUGGACCAUUUGGCUAUUUGAUUUUGAAUUUUAGGACCCCUUUAGGUAUACAAAUAUAUAAAACAAUUAUUUGAUAAGAUAUUGAAUUUGGCCACCUGGAAAAACUACUAUAGCCCAGGGAAACACAUUGAGUAACACAUUCAUAAAUGGCAAAAAAGACUAAAAGACAAAAAUAAUCAAUCAUAAGAAACAAGGUUUUGAAGUUUCUGUCCUAUAUCUAGGAGAUAUAAGAAAGCUCAGAAAAUAUUUGUAGUUUAUUUACACAUAUUUAACCCCUUUUUUGUGUAGGCACAAAACUACCUUCAUACUUCCAAUAAUUGUUUUAAUCCGGUUACCUUCUGACGAGUCCUGUGACACUUGUGGGGGUCGUAGAGCAAAAUCUUCCCUUUCCAUAGUGGUCAUAAUAGUUUUGUAGGUCAAACCAUUCGGAUGCUACAUACGUUUUCGUAAGAAGACCGAUUUUCGGGAUGUCUCAUGGUCUGACAAACACCGCUCUAGCUCUGCCAACUUUCACCGCAGAUAUCUCUAGCUUAAACUGACAGAUUCUGAUGGGUAUUUUUUUGUUAUGUAACUUAGAUUGACGCACCAGUGCAUCAAUCGACUCUAGGUGGUUAACAUUGUAUUGGGUGAAAAUAAGUUAAGCUCAAUAUUUAAGUAUAUUGGGUAUUUUAUCAGUGUAAUAACAUGGUUUUGUGAGGUCUGUCUUCUGUAAUGAUAUCUCUGUUCUGAUUGGAUUGACUCUUCUCUUCAGAUGGCUGGUGUAUGCUCAGCCUUUCUUCCAGGGCGUACCACGUGUUCUGGAGGUCGGGGGGUUCCCCAACCCUGCAGCCUGGGGCGUGGAACAACCCUACGUGGGCUCAGUGCACCCUCUCAAAAUCGUAAGAUUAUAAUAGACAAAUUGUAGAGACUGACCACAGCUAGAACAAUGUACACCCCAUGGAAAUAGCUUUAGUAUAAUUAAUGUAUUGCAUUUAUAGUUGAUGUUCACUAAAUGAAAUUUCCCAAAUGUUUUUAUGACAGGGUGAACCAAGAGUGGAGAAACCUGGUGAGCCCAAGGUAAGAAUGAACAAACAAACGAACAAAUGAAUGAUCGAACAAAUGUCUUUAUGAAGCUGAUACCUCAGUGCAAAAGUUGUGCCUGCUGUUUUUCUUCCCAGCUGGUGCUCUAUGACAAGCCCUACUUCACUGGGAAGAGCAGGGUAAUCUACACCAACAUGAGAGACUUCAUGACCAGAAUGGACAGACGGCAGACUGCCUUCAUGUGCAGCGCUGGAUCCAUCAAAGUACAGGGAGGCUGGUGAGUAGACUGUGUGUGAGCGCGUGUGCAUGCGUGUGUUACUUCAUGUAUCUCACCCUGUGUCUCCCUGUACUUCUAGCUGGGUGGGCUAUGAGAAGGAGGGUUUCCGAGGCCACCAGUAUCUGUUGGAGGAGGGAGAGUACCACGACUGGAGGGUGUGGGGGGGCUGCGAUGCUGAGCUGCGCUCUGUCAGAGUCAUACGAGCGGUGUGUGGGCCAUACCAUCACGUAACACCCCAUCUCUAUCAGGGCCUUGUAUCAUGUCCUAAAUGGCAUAUACACUGAGUAUACAACAUAUUAAGAAUACCUGCUCUUUCCAGGUGAAAGCUAUGAUUCCUUAUUGAUGUCACUUGUUAAUUCCAUUUCAAUCAGGGUAGAUGAAGUUUGAGUGUGUCAAGAACUGCAACACAGCUGGGUUUUUCACACUGAACAGUUUCCCGUGUGUAUCAAGAAUGGUCCACCACCCAAAGGACAUCCAGCCAACUUGACACAACUGUGGGAAGCAUUGGAGUCAACAUGGGCCAGCAUCCCUGUGGAACGCUUUCGACACCUUGUAAAGUCCAUGCCCUGACGAAUUGAGGCUGUUCUGAGGGCAAAAGGGGGUGAAACUUAAUAUUAGGAAGGUGUUCCUAAUGUUUGGUAUAUUCAGUGUGUAUAAUUUAUACAGGUAACUGCCAAAAUAAUGCAAACACCAACAUACAGUGUCUUAAUAGGGUGUUGGGCCACCACGAGCCAGAACAGCUUCAAUGCACCUUGGCAUAGAUUCUACAAGUGUCUGGAACUCUAUUGGAGGGAUGCGACACCAUUUUUCCACAAGGAAUUCCAUCAUUUGGUGUUUUGUUGAUGGAGGUGGAAAGCGCUGUCUCAGGCAGCGCUUCAGAAUCACCCAUAAGUGUUCAUUUGGGUUGAGAUCUGGUGACGGAGACAGCCGUGGCACAGGGGUUGUAGUAGCUUUCAGAAAUCUGCAUUUUCGUAACGCAGACCAUCCAAAAAUCUGUGUUUUAAACCAUUUCACCUGCGUUUCAUAUUGAAAGUCAGUGUUUUUUGGCUUCAAUAGAGUGAUAAGGGGCGUGCAACACAAAAUACAUUAGUGCAACACAUUCGGCAGAAAAUCAUCAGAUGACAACAAAAGUGCAACACUAUUUGGCUAGCAGCCACACAUAAGUAAAUUAACUCACAAUGAAAAUUCAAGGUCUUUUUCCAAAAACGAUGCAUGGCCAUCUAAUGUUUAUCAUAGAAAGAAUGUAGCCAGCUACAUUUCCUAAUGUUUGUCGUUAAUCUAGCAUUUUAACUUGCUACCGGAGAAAAACUACACCAGAGGAAAGUACCGUAGAAAAGUAGGCUACACAUCAGUCAGAGCGCUGUCUAGUGAUCCAACGACGAGAGCAAAUAUAUAGUGGAGAAGUGCAACUGAAGUACGGUAUUAGACCUUUUACAUUCAGGAUUUGGAGGGAACCCUGACUGAAGCCGAGCAGAAUGUACAAUAAGAAGCCUUUUCUGCGUGAAAAACGCAAAUGCGACCCCUGUGGCAUAUGGUUUACAUCAUUUUUAUGCUCAUCAAACCAUUCAACCAUUGACCACUCGUGCGCUGUGGAUGGGGGCAUUGUCAUCCUAUGGAGGCAUAGCCAUGGUAGCCAAAAUAAUGGCCUGCCCAGCAUUUUUAUACAUGACCCUAAGCAUGAUGGGAUGUUAGCUGCUUUAUUAACUCCGGAACCACACCUGGGUGGAAGCACCAGCUUUCAAUAUACUUUGUAUCCCUCAUUUACUGAAGUGUUUCCGUUAUUUUGGCAGUUACCUUUAUUACAUGCAGAUGGCACAGGGACGUAAUUCACUCAAAAACAAAUGUAGUUCCAUUGAACUAGUCAGUGUGAAAUACCUUUGACCAGAAAUGGAACUACAGGUAUCAUCUUUAAGGACAGUGGAACACUGUAGCUGUCCCUUUCCUGCUGGUUAAGUUUAGGAUGUAGCUGAUCCUAGAUCUGUGCCUAAAGACAACUCCUACCUGGAACCACAGUAUGUGACCUCUAAUCCCUGACCCCUCUGUCCCCUGUAGGACCUGACAGAGCCCAUGUUGGUAAUGUAUGCGCAGCCUGACGAGGAGGAGGUGGAGCAGGAGAGCACCUUUGAGGUGACCGAGGCCAUUCCUGACGUGGAGCUGUUUGGCUACCGUACCACCACGUGCUCCAUCCACGUCCUCAGUGGAGCGUAAGUACAAAUGCUUGUGACUAGCAGCAUUAUAGUCUAACAGGGUGUAAUCUAGUGUUUUAUAGUAAUGACUGAUAUCAUUUUUUUGUGUCAGAGGUAUUUGUUAUUGGUAUUUUAUUAGGAUCCCCAUUAGCUGUUGCAAAAGCAGCAGCUACUUUUCCACAUUAAUAGACAAGAACAGCUCAAGGACAGAACUUAUUCAAAUAAUAAGAAUAUAAUCAUAACUAGAGCCAAUAUACAGUAGAUAUGGCUCUGAUAAUAACUUGAAACUGGCUGAUACGUUGAUAAGAAUAUGAUCAUAUGGCCUCCCGAGUGGCGCAGCGGUCUAAGGCACUGCAUCGCGGUGCUUGAGGCGUCACUACAGACCCGGGUUUGAUCCCGGGCUGUAUCACAACCGUCUGGGAUCGGGAGUCCCAUAGGGCGGCGCACAAAUGGCCCAACGUCGUACGGGUUAGGGGAGGGUUUGGCCGGGGGGCUUUACUUGGCUCCUUGUGGCGGGCCGGGUGGCUGCAGGCUGACCUUGGUCGUCAGUUGAACAGUGUUUCCUCUGACACAUUGGUGCGGCUGGCUUCCGGGUUAAGCGGGCGGGUGUUAAGAAGCGCAGUUAGACGGGCCAUGUUUCGGAGGACGCAUGACUCGACCUUCACCUCCCGAGCCCGUUGGGGAGUUGCAGCGAUGAGACAAGAUCGAAAUUGGGGAGAAAAGGGGGGUAAUAAAAAAUAACGUAAGUUCCCUCCAACAGUGAAUGAAGGAUGUUACAGAGUAUUAGUGGAGGUUUGACGCAAAGUGAUCACUGUUUCCUCCAGAUGGAUAGCCUACUCUCACGUGGACUUCUCUGGUGACCAGUAUAUCCUGGAGAAAGGUUUCUACAGUAACUCUGCUGACUGGGGCUCUUCAGACAACCACAUCUGCUCUGUCCAGCCCAUCUUAGAGGUGAGUAGGCGUCUAGAGACUAUUUUCUAUGGAGUUGACAGUGGAGAGACGGAAACAGACCGGCAAAUGAACUGCAAGGAGAAUACACACACUGUUUAGAAGCGUUUGCAGCCUGAGGAAAAAUGGAAAGGAUUGCUGUUUGACAUUGUGAUGUUUACUCAGUGCACCCGGUUCACUUGUCUGUUUCAGGCUCCAAGUGAAAACCAGGGCAGCGUCAGAAGUGUGGUGAGACAUCUUGUAGAAUCGUAUAUCCUUCUGCAGUCAUGCUAUUUCUUUUCACAAUUCACUUGUACUAUGUCUACAGUAAAUGUGACAGAUUUUUAACUCUCUUUCUUCCUUCGCUGUCCUUGUCUGUCUCAGGUGAUGCUGUACACAGAGCCAUAUUUCCAGGGUGAAUGCCAUGUGUGUGACAAGAACCAGGAGUCCCUCUCUGAUAAACUCAUCGCCAAGUCCUGCAGAGUGGUGGGAGGAAGGUGGGACAGAACCAACACACACACACGCAUGCAUGCAGACACACACACACACACACACACCAAGUGUAGGAAGAAUUUAGAAUUAGGAAAGAUGGAAGGAUACACAGGCUUAGUGGAGCUGUAGAGGGAUGGUAUGGAGUAAUGGAGGACCUAGAGAUGAGCCAGCAUAUAAUUAUUACAAUUAAAGGGGAGCUCACUGUACUGAUGAGUGUGUGGAGUUAGUAAAGGAGGUUUAAAUGGGUUUUGUGUGUUCCUCUGUGUUUCAGUUGGGUGGUGUACGAGGGCCGUGAGUUUUCAGGGAACCUGUACAUCCUGUCAGAAGGAGACUACCCCAACUUCACCAGCAUGGGCUGUCCUCCGAACUGUGUCAUACUUUCACUGAAGACUGUCCCACUGGUAAGAACAAUCCUCAUAUACUGGUCACACUCAUAUAGACUGGCUUAUUCACCUUCCUCUCUCACCAUCAAAUUUUACUUCACUUUUUCUGUCUGUCUGUCUCUCACUCUAUAGCUUUCUCCGUUUUAUUUUCAAUCACUUAAUGAAUCAAUUUGUUGUUCAUCAUAGUAUUUAGGUAUAUUUAGCUUAAUGCCCCCAGCCCUCUCUCUUCCCCAUACCAUUACUCCUCCCAACCCCAUACCCUGACCCACUGUAACACUGCUGCAGCCUAUCCAACCUAAUGUGUGUGUGUGUUUGUAUAGGAGGGGUUGGGAAAAAAGCAGAAGACAAAUUUCCAUCCCAUAUGGACUAAUAAAGUAUAUCUUAAUCUUAAACUUAAUCUUAACACAGUCUCCCCCUGUUUCCCCAGGUAUUCUCAGUGCCCUCCGUCUCACUGUUUGGUCUGGAGUGUUUGGAGGGCAGGGAGAUCACAGUGGACACAGAGGUGGUCAAUAUGCUGGAGGAGGGCUACAACAACCAUCUACUCUCUGUCAGAGUCAACCGAGGCUGGUGAGUGUGUGAGUGUGUUAUUCUGAGAGUUGACAUUAUGUGCUCUUGUGUUUUUGACCUGACGAAGAUCCUUUUCAGAUCGAAACAUUGUCAGUAAAGUGGUGAAUUAGGAGCUUUAACAGUGUUCAGGCAUUGUUGUUCUUUACUAGUAUUCUUUAUUACCCCAGCACCUAUGUUUUUAAGGAUGUGUGUAUGAACACAAACUUUCCUCUUGUGUCACUCUCUCACCCUAUGCCUCACUUGCUCUCUCUGCAGCUGGGUGAUGUGUGAGCACAGUAACUACAGGGGACGGCAGUUCCUAUUAGAACCCAUUGAAAUCACCAACUGGCCCAAAUUCAGUCAGAUUUUCACCAUUGGCUCAAUGUACCCAGUACGACAGGUUAGAAUACCUUUGACUUCAUUCACUUUGUUUGGGUUGGUGUAUAAUACAGUACUUCUACCCAAUUCAUAUUUACUCUUUUUAUUACUCAUAUUUAUUUUAUUUUGAAUGAUUUACAUGUGCCUGUUUCCAUUUCCUGCAGAGGCGGCACUUCUUCCGCAUCAAGAGCAAGGAGCGAGGUCACUUCCUGUCCAUCCAGGGCGGCGUAGAGGAAAUUAAGUCGGGACGCGUGGUUGUGACCGAGCAGGUGGAGGGCAUGAGCGACAUCUGGUUCUACCAGGAGGGCCUCAUCAAGAACAAGGUAUUACUCACUAGGAAUAAAGUUCCUCAACUUUUCCAUUUCAAUUAUCUUUAUUCAUAUGAUCAGUUUCUUUCACCUUACUGAGGAACCCCUGGGACUCCCCCUCGGACCCCCUGGGUUCCCAUGAGUUUCCCAACCCUGGUCAAAGAUUAACAUAUACAUACAUUGACAGGCCUAAAAUUCUGGGAAUCUGUUUUUUUUCCCCAUAGAAGUAAAUAUAGAGCAUUUUUAUAUCUUCAGAUGUUAUUUCUCCUAUUUAUUUUACACUAUAUCAUGUUUUGCAUUUACCACAUCUCCUAUCCACAUCUCCUAGAUCUUUUGCUAUUUGAGCACGCCAGAUUUCUCAAUUUCUUAUGUCUCUUGCUCUCGUUCUCUGUCUCUCAUUCUCUAGUUGGCUCCUGCUAUGAGCCUGCAGGUGAUGGGGAACGUGGAGGCGGGGGCUAAGGUGGUGCUGUGGUCAGAGACCCGGCAGCCUGUCCAGACCUGGUCAGCCCAGAUGAGAGGCACCAUCUGCAGCCUCACCUUCCCUGGCAUGGUAUUGGACAUCAAGGGUGAGACACUACUCUCAUUUUAGGAGUGAAAUUAUAGGAACUAUAUAUACGAUUUGUACUUUCAUGCAAUACUAUGCACACUCAGCACCCCCCCCCCCAAAUGUUUCAUAUGAGGCAACAAUACAGAAUGUCACCUUUUAUUUGAGGGUAUUUUCAACAUGCAAUAAAUGUAUGAUAUAAUUGUAUCUCUCAGGUGGCAAGCAGUACGACAGAGACCAUGUGGUGAUUUUACCAGAGAGUGAGGAGAGGCCUUGCCAACAGUGGGAGCUGGAGCUGCUGUAA